UCCCUCCCCGCUCUUCUAUCCCACACGCUUAUACGGAGGGCGGUCCUGGCGUUAGUAAGGUGUGCUCGCCCACUGGUGGAUCUUAUACCUACAAUCGAUCAUCAUACAGGGAACGGACGAAUAUAGGCGCCAUGAGAACAAAUAGCGACAAUUAGAUACGCUCGAUCAUAUAUCUACGCCCCAGCCGUGUCUCCGUCUUAAUCUAUGGCACCAUCUCCGACAGGCAGCAGAAAUGAUGAUAUCGAGAAGGAUGCAGGAGGGGCUGGGGAGCAGCUCACGCUGACCAGGUCGUUAUCUACAUCUUCGGGCGAUUAUAUCAAACAACAAACGGGCGACGAUGAUGUUCUUGCGCGAAAGAUGGUACAUAUCAACAAUGCUUGGGACGAAGUUGGUUUUACGAGUCAUCAUAUCAAGCUUUUCUUCUUGAAUGGCUUUGGCUAUGCUGUUGACAGUAUGCUCGUCGUGUGCCAGUCCAUCUCGCAAGCUCAGGUCCAACUGGAGUUUACGAACCGCGGCGUAACCAAGCUCCUCGCUGUCUCUCUAUCGUCCUCUAUCGGACUUCUGUUCGGAGCUCUCGUCUGGGGAAUAGGUGGCGAUUUCAUUGGACGCAAGCUUGCCUUCAAUAGUUCUUUAUUCAUAUGUGCCAUUUUCGUCAUCAUUGCGGGCUCCAUGCCUUCGUAUUCUUCUUUUUGUGCCAUGGUUGCACUAUACUCGGCAGGAGCUGGUGGUAACUAUGCGAUUGAUUCUACCAACUUCCUCGAAUUUCUUCCGCAUAAGUAUGGGUUCUUAACGACCAUUCUCGCUGCUUGGUGGGGUGUAGGCUAUACUAUCGCCGGACUUUUCGCAUGGCUUUAUUUCCCCCGCUGGAGCUGCGCCACGGCGGAUACUUGUACCUGGAGCAACAACAAAGGCUGGAGGCUCCUCCACUUUACGAACGGUGGUAUCGUACUCGUGCUUGCACUCGUCCGUGUCCUUUUGUUCAAGAUGGAACAUUCACCCAAGUGGCUUGUGACGCAGGGGAGGGAUGAAGAAGCCGUCAAUGUCAUUCAAAGUAUCGCGAGAAAGACCGGUAAACCUUGUAGUCUUACGCUUGAUACUCUCCUGGCGGAAGGGGACGUAAAGACACGACAUGAUAAAUCGUUCCAGGGCUUCAAACGAACGCUCAAGACACUCUUCAUCACCAGAAAGCAAGCUUGGUCCACAGUCUGCCUGUUCUUCUUGUGGUUCUUGAUCGGCAUUGCGAACCCCCUUUACAGUGUCUUCAGGCCUUACUAUCUCUCCACCCGCGGCUACUCGUCUGGUGCUGCAUCUCCUUACAUCACCUGGCGUAACUACACCAUCACCAAUAUUUGUGGUCUUGUUGGCCCCUUCCUUGCCUGGCCUCUCCUCGAUACGCCAUACAUUCGACGACGCGGAACCCUCGCAAUUGGGGCAGCGUUGACCAUGGCGUUCCUGUUUGGGUUUACGCAGGUCAAGACGGGGACUGAGAAUCUGAUCGUCAGCUCUUUUAUCAACGCCGUCGAGAAUAUCUUCUUCGGAGCUCUAUACGGAGUUACGCCAGAGCUACUCCCGACUGGGUCAAGAGCCACUGGAUACGGGAUCUGUGUUGCUAUCAACAGAGUCUGUAAUAUCAUCGCCAAUAUCAUCGGGACAUACGCGAAUGUCUACACGUCCGCGCCUCUGUUUGUCUGUGCUAGUCUUUUUGCUGGUCUGGUUGUUGUCUCGCUAGCCCUUCCCCUUGAUCCUUCCGGCCAUCACAUCGGGUAGACAUCUGUUCCCGGGAUCUCUUUUCUAGCUACCUGGGUACUUGACGAGUUUAGAAAAGCUGAGAAUGAGAAGAAGUCACAACAAUGAGAGAAUCAAUAUGAAUUUUGUCACUGAGA